AUGGAAGAUAAGAAUCAGACAAUAGUGAUGGAAUUUCUUUUCUUGGGUCUCACAGAUCAUCUCCAUCAGCAGAUUGUUCUCUUCAUCGUGUUUCUCUUUGUUUACUUGGUCACAUUGUGGGGUAACCUGGGAAUGAUCACACUGAUAUGGACUGAUUCCAGACUCCACACUCCUAUGUACUUUUUUCUUAGCCACUUGUCCUUUAUAGAUAUUUGUUCCUCUUCUUCCAUUGCUCCAAAGAUGCUGUGUGACAUCUUUGUGGAGAAAAAAGACAUCUCUUUCCUUGGUUGUGCUACACAAAUGUGGUUUUUUGGUCUGUUUGUGGCAACUGAGUGUUUCCUCCUGGCUUCCAUGGCAUAUGAUUGGUAUGUGGCCAUUUGUAAGCCCUUAUUGUACACACUCAUUAUGUCCCAGCAGGUCUGUGUGCAGCUAGUGGUAGGGCCUUAUGCUGUGGCUCUUAUAAGCACCAUGACCCAUACAACAUUGACUUUUUGCUUACCCUUCUGUGGUCCAAAUAUCAUAAAUCACUUCUUCUGUGAUAUUUCACCACUGCUCUCCCUGGCAUGUGCAGACACCUGGAUCAAUAAGUUGGUGCUUUUCAUCUUGGCUGGAGCUAUAGGAGUACUCAGUGGCUCGAUCAUCAUGGUCUCCUAUGUUUCUAUCCUGAUGGCCAUCUUGAAGAUCCAGUCUGCUGAUAGGAGGUGGAAAGCCUUCUCUGCUUGUUCUUCUCACUUGGCAGCUGUCUCUAUCCUCUAUGGGACUCUUUUCUUUAUUUAUGUUCAGCCUAGCUCAAUUUCCUCCCUGAAUAUCAAUAAAGUGAUUUCUCUGUUUUAUACUGUGGUAAUCCCCAUGUUAAACCCCCUUGUCUACAGUCUGAGAAACAAGGAGGUGAAAGAUGCUUUCUGGAGGAAGCUUGAAAGAAAAAACUUUUUAAUAGGUAGGUAAAAUAGAUUUUUUUUGUGUAUUUUUUCAUAGAUGUUGAUUCAGAAUGUGUAGUAAAAAGA